CGUCCCUGCAUCUGUCAUGUUCGCAUUGAAUUUAAGCCAAAGUGAGAGUGAUGAGAGUCCCUGGCUGCUGGACCCUCACCAGGAUAUGCCCUUCCACAGCGAUGAGUGCAUCUUCCAGCGACGCAUACCACCGCUGGUCAUCUUUCUGCUGUAUGGCCUGGCCGUGCCCACGCUCUCCACCUUCGGCCUGUGCACGAAUUUCAUCAAUGCGGUGGUUUUCAUGCGGCCCAAAAUGACACCCUCUGCGUUUACGUAUCUGGCGGCACUCUCCUGGAUGGACUGCGUCUCCUGUCUGCUCAUCACACUGACAGCGCUGUCGCGCAGCUUCUUCUACUACAGCCCCAGUUGGAUUGCCUACGACUACCAGUGGCAGACGCCGCUCUUCGGCAUCAGCACGGGCGCCGCGAACCUCAUUCUGGCCUGCCUCAGCCUCGAUCGCUUCACCUAUUUGGCCAGCUUCAAGCGGAACAGUGGUCCGCCGCGGUUCUGUCGCCGCAAGGUGGCUCGCUACAUGAUUGCCAUUGUGAUUGUCAUCUCCAUUGGCGUCAAUAUGCCCUACUUCUUCGUCUUCUAUGUGGAUCAGGACGGCACCUGUCACGUGCAAGAGUUCUACUACUCCACAUUCUACAAGGUGCACAAUUGGUUCAGCUUCACGCUGUUGGCCCUGCUGCCAGCUGUUUUUCUGUUGAUUGGCAACACGGCCAUCAUCAUUGCCUUUCGACGGUGGACCAAGCAGAGUCGCCUUUGCCAGUCCACGGCCAACAAUGGCGACACACGCACCACCAUCAAACGUUACCAGCACCAAAUGAAGCUGACGGUGAGCAUUGUGAUUGUGAUAACGCUUUACAUGAUUGGGGAGUUGCCCGCGCACAUGACUUCCCGAAAGAGUUCGUUGAAUCUGCUGUUUGGCGGCGACACCAACAAGGUGGAUGAGUCGGUAAUGGAGACGGUGGAGGUCAUAUGCAUCACGCUGAAUGCCCUGCAGCUGUCCCUCAACAUUGUCGUUUAUGCUGUGAUCAAUCCCUCGUUUAUGCCGGAAUUCUUUCUCUGCCUCAAGGGCACCUCCGAUGUGUGCAUGGGCAUCUGCUGCUUCCGCGCCCUUGGGCGGAGUUGGCGUCGCUGUCGCACCCGACGCCAGCAGCAACCGGCGGCCGUGGACUGUGUGGUCAGCAGUGUGGCGUCCCACCAUUUGCCAGCGGACGAGGCGAUGCACUGCGGCUGUGCCAGCUGGGCCAGCGAUUCGGAUUGCCAGAACGAGGCUCACUGCAGAACAGCUGUGGGCACCUUUACGCUAGUGAAGGAUUCCCAAGUGCCAGAACAUUCCCACUCCCACACCCAUUCCCAUGCAGAGCCGGAGGUGUUUACCACCAGAUCGAGCUCCUGCCUGCACACAAAAGACUCUGCAGCGCCCAACGAUGAAUCCCACUUCAGCUCUGGCUUUAUUAUAAUCACUUGACACAAAUGAGCAUUCAAUAAA